GUUUGUUGUUGUUUGGUAUACAAUCGAUAGCUGCCAUACGUCACGCCGGUACUAGUGCUUCAUUUCCAUUAGGUGUUUCUAUAUAUUAGAUCGCAAAUAUUCAGUCCUUAUUCAGAUCAAUCUGAACGUUUUUCUUCACGAUAGUCUUGGGUAUUUCGCUCAUAAGCCUACCCAACAUCAAACGCCCUCCUCCAUUUCCUACACGGGAGGUUUAUCCUAGCGAACACCUCACCUAUUCACGGCGCAUAGCCAAGCUUUUGACUCAAGUUGAGAUGGUCUUACACAGGCUUAGUGCAAAGACAGCAUUUGCGGCCGCCCUACGGAAGUUCGGUUCGUUCGAAGCUACUAAUAGGUUUAUAACCGAAGUACUGCCGACAUGUUCCCCACGAACCUAAGUACUUGAUCUAGUGCUGAGUCUGCUGACUGACUACCAUUUGAACAAGGAGCUCAAGACUCAAGUUCAGUUUGCCUUGGCACCACCUAACACAAUGGGUAGCUCACCGUUGGCGACCCGUCCUCCUUUUCGGCGCUGGAUUCACCCAGCCCUAUUUACCAUCGCACUCAUCUACAUCAUUCUUCUGCAUUCCUCGACCUUCAUCUCUUCGGUGUCAUCUCAAUCCAGCCCACAGGAGCUCGCCCGUCGGUCCCAAAUCCUCUCUAAAUGCGCCUACAUACGUGCCAAACCCGGGCCUCCACCCAAUUUCCAUACUCGCACCCAGAGUGACCGCUACGCAGAUUCAGAGAACACGACUCCCGUUCUUGUGCGUAAUGCGACUAUCUGGACAGCUGCUAAUGAUGGGCACGAGGUUAUCUCUGGUGACCUCCUUUUACACCGCGGUCUCAUCAAAGCUAUCGGGGACGUUACUCUUUCCAUGAUUCGGCAGGUCGAGUCAAAGAACAGGAAAUUGGAGGUUGUUGAUGCUCACGGAGCGUGGGUGACCCCCGGCAUUGUGGAUUUACACUCCCAUAUCGGUGUCGGUAGUGUGCCUGAGCUAAAUGGUGCACGCGACACGAACUCUCGCAAGGCCCCCAUCUUGCCCUGGUUGCGCAGUAUUGAUGGAUUGAACACCCAUGACGCAUCAUACGAACUCGCCAUAGCUGGAGGUGUUACAACCGCACAAAUUCUCCCUGGGAGCGCAAAUAAUAUCGGUGGCCAGGCAUUCAUAAUCAAGCUUCGUCCUACAGCUGAACGUUCGCCUUCUUCCAUGCUCCUCGAGCCUCCCUACACCCUCAAUGGCUCUCACUUUGACCACUCUCUCACGCCACGCUGGCGGCACAUGAAACAUGCAUGUGGUGAAAACCCCUCUCGUGUCUAUGGCAUGACACGCCUUGACUCUGGGUGGAACUUCCGCGCCGCCUACGAUAGUGCCCGAAAGCUGCGCGACGCUCAAGAUGCUUUCUGCGCCAAGGCAGAGUCUGAUUCUUGGGAUGACCUCGCAGGGAAUGCAUUUCCUGAAGAUCUGCAAUGGGAAUCCCUUGUCGAUGUGCUCCGUGGACGUGUAAAGCUUUCAGUGCACUGCUACGAGGCAGUUGAUCUCGACGGAAUCGUCCGCCUUACAAAUGAGUUCGAAUUCCCCGUAGCAUCAUUUCACCAUGCUGGUGAAACAUACCUCGUUCCGGAGUUGUUGAAGAAAAUGUGGGGGGGCACACCUGCCAUCGCACUUUUUGCAUCCAACUUUCGGAAGAAACGCGAGGCAUAUCGAGGAUCGGAGUUCGCACCACGGGUGCUGGCGGAACAUGGAAUCAACGUUGUUAUGAAGUCUGACCACCCCGUUGUCAACUCCCGCUACCUCCUGCACGAAGCCGCCCAAGCGCACUAUUAUGGCCUUGACCCUGCACUCACGCUCCUCUCUGUUACGUAUACUCCUGCUACUGCCAUGGGGAUGGGCCAUCGGAUUGGGAUGCUGAAACCAGGGUAUGAUGCAGAUGUUGUGAUUUGGUCCUCCCACCCACUUUCACUUGCUUCAACGCCCACUCAGGUCUAUAUUGAUGGUAUCCCCCAGCUCUCCCUUCCUGGAGGCCAUGUCGCCAAGGGGCCCACCACUCCCCCAUGCACACCCAAUUUCGACUCUGAGAAGGUGGCAGCGGUCGCGCACGAGGGUAUUCCCCCUCUUGAGCCUCGGAGCGUGAAAGGGGCGUUAUUCGUGAACGUCUCAGGGCUUUAUAUGAGAGGUGGUGGCUCGAGUGGGGUGGUGCGUGUUUCUGAGCAGGCAGGAUCGGUGGGUGUGGAGGAUGGUCAAGUGGUGUGUAUUGGUCAAUGCUCGGAUUUUGCAGAAGAGGUUGUCGAUAUCGUGGACCUUGAAGGCGGCACGAUCACACCUGGAUUGACCAGCUUCGGUUCGCCACUGGGGCUCGUGGAGAUAAGGCUUGAGCCGAGCACAAAUGAUGGAAGUGUUCAUAACCCUCUCGAUGGUGACCUUCCUGCUAUAUUGGGUGACACGAUCAUGAGAGCACAAGACGGUCUCAUGUUUGGUGGUCAGAAUUUGCUACUAGCCUAUCGCGGCGGCGUUACAACGGCCAUCACUGCGCCCUCUGGGGCCUUCCUGCAGGGCGUAUCUACUGCUUUCUCACCUGGAGCUGCGCAUGCCAGCGUGGAAAAUGCGAGUGUAAUUGAUGAAGUCGCAUUACAUGUGGGCAUAAGCAUGUCUUCAAGGAUAAGUGUGAGCACGCAGAUAGCAGCACUUAGGAACAUGUUGUUUGGAGAGGGUGGAGAUGAGGUGCUCAGGAGCGUUAGAAAGGUUGGCUUAUUAAUCAAGGGUAAAACCACGCUCGUUGUGGACGUUGAGAGCGCAGAUAUAAUGGCGACGCUGCUUCGGCUUAAGGAUGAGUACGAGACUCAUUCUGGGAGGGAACUUCGUAUGACCUUUGCGGGAGCAACUGAGGCUCAUCUCCUUGCGUCUGAGAUUAAGAGGGCAGGUGUGAGCGUGAUCGUCACGCAGAGCAAGCCAUUCCCGUCGAAUUGGGAGCAGCGAAGGAUACUUGCUGGGCCACCAAUAACGCAAGAGAGCCUGGUCAGCAAGCUUUUGAAGGCCGGCGUCAAUGUAGCCAUUGGAGUCAUCGACGAGUACAAUGCCCGAAAUACACGUUUCGAAGCCGGUUGGUUCCUCGCGUCCAAUGGUUUGAUCGAUCGCACAACAGCUCUUGCACUUGCCACGACAAACCUCGAAAAGGCGCUCGGAGUGCAGAGGGAGAUGCCUCAGGACCUUGUGGCAUACCGUGGUGGGGAUGUGUUUGAAUUUGAAGCCAAGGUGGUGGGGGUUAUAUCGGAGACGUUGGGGCGAACAGAUCUGUUUGUAUGAGAAACGGUAGAACUUUGACCACAAGCAUUAAGCAGUAUGCGCUGCAGCAUUGACUCGGACUUCCAGCUGCGAACACUGGAGGCCACGGAAAUCCAGAAACUAUGACAAUAAGGGAGGAACGGCUACCUUCAAUCGGAAUUGGCACUCGAACUGACUCAAGCAUGUUGAGACGGAAUUUCCGGGGACUUGCAAUCGACGAUGCAAGUAUCAGCCAGGCUGUCAGCCUAAGAGCUUCUGAAUGUCUCAAUGACGCCUUCUCAUGUUCAGAAUCUCGUGCAUGCUCGAUG